GGCUGUGUGCAAGUUAUUUUUAACAUCUAGUUGAUUUGUCUUAAUCCUGAACAGCUAAAUACGUGACGGAUGUAACGACAUUAGUUUUGGGAUACUCAACAAUUUCGCUACUAAUUUCAUGCUUUUAAGCCUCCCAGGUGCGAUCACCAUACUUUAUUUCGAUGUAGUAACAAUUAUUUCGAACUAUGUGUUUUAUUUAUGUUGCUGCUUUGGUCAAAUUAUAGACCAGUUGGAUGGUUACUAAUAUUCUGUUUGUUGGAACCUCAGUGCCUUGAUUUGGAGGACCCCUGGUCCUACAUAGUGGCUAAACCGACGGUGCCUUAUUCAGCGAGGACAUAUAGUAUAUACAGACAUGCCGCGAGGAUUUCUAGUGAAAAGAUUUAAGCAAUCUUCGACGUUUUCGUAUCGAGAGCGCCGAGUAAUUGAAGAUGAUAGAAGCGACAGUGGAUCAGAACAGGACUUUAAUUACUCAGGUUUUGGUUCUCCGGAUUCGGGUUAUUCCGCCAGUCCUACAACUAACAUCUUUCGGGAUAAAGAGUUCCAUGCCACGGAUAAAGACAACAACAACAUCAUUUCGACCAGCCUACCCUUCACUAGCUCUGUUAAUAUUAAUUUACUACAACAAUGCCCAUCACCAGUUUAUUACACAGCUUUUGAUCGAUUAAACCUUAGUGGGGAUUCACCUUUUAGGAAGACAGGUGUGCAAAGUGAGAACAAACUGCCAUUACCCAUCCCCACAAGUCCAAACCGAAAGAGACCCGGCGAAACGGAAAAGAGAAAUAUCAUUUGUAAAAGAUCGAAGGCAAUCCGCAGGAUCAAUUUUGAUUUAGACACAACUUCUCCGGUGUCAGGUACCAUUAUAAAAGAGUUUUCCGAUGGCGAAGAGGGGCGAGUGGUAUGCGGCGACAUAGAGCCAAGCUUCAAUUUAGUGGAAGUCACCCCUGAGGCAAGGGCAGAAUUAGAGAAAAUUGAAAACAAAAUUGGCGACUAUAUUUGUCAGCUGUGUAAAGAGUUUCACGAAGACGCCUUUCAACUCGCACAGCACCGCUGUUCUCGUAUUGUUCAUGUUGAAUACCGAUGUCCAGAGUGUGAUAAAGUUUUCAAUUGUCCAGCUAAUUUAGCAUCUCACAGAAGAUGGCACAAACCAAAACCAAAUGGAACAAAGUCACCAAUCCCCUCUCGAAUAUUACCAGGAUCUGAAACAAAGUCAGAUUCCUACUUAGGACAAAAGAUCAACUUUGAAUUAAACGACAACCACGUCUCUUUAAAUGCAAGUGCCAUCGAUCUCCGAACCACACAAAAUGAAGACGGUCAUUUUGAAUGUGAAACAUGCGGAAAAAAAUUUAAAAGACAAGCAUACUUAAAAAAACACGUAUUAACACACGUCAAUGACGUGUCGUCAGCUUGCCAAUAUUGUGGUAAAAUAUUCUUUAACGAGACUGUUCGCACCAAACACGAGUCACAGCAUAGCAUCAGUAACACGGAGUUCAUGUGUAAAGUUUGUGAUUUAUCUUUUCCCAGUAAGGGAACCCUAGAUAAGCAUUCCCGAAUGCACAAUAAAAACAAUUUUCCCUGUCGAUUUUGUCCCAGUUCGUUUUACAGCUCACCGGGUUUAACGAGGCAUAUAAAUAAAUGUCAUCCUUCCGAAAAUCGCCAAGUCAUUUUAUUACAGAUUCCAGUGUCUCGUCCUUGUUAACUUUUUAUCUCUAGAAACCGAAGGUAUGUUAAUGUUUAUAUGCAGUAUAUCACGUCCUUUCUUAAUGCCUUUAACAAAUGUUUAUCUUCAUGAAUGUCCACAUAAAAGCCUUAAUUAUUAUUUAUAUUUAUAAAUGAUAUAUGUCUAUAUAAAUGAAAAUGUUUAUUUUUUUAUUAAUAUUUAUACAUGUAUGUCCAACACACACACACACACACACACACACGCCACCACCCACACAGCCUACACACCACUUUGCCUUGAAUUGUAAGAUCCGUUUUACAAUAAACAAAUAUGACCUUUAACAUUUUUUCUGCUACAGAUUGUGAAUUUUUAAGCAUAUUUAAAUAGUUAGUAAUAAACUGCCCCUCUCUAUAACUUGUCUUUCCAUUAAUCAAAUGAUCCUUUAUUCAUAAUAAAGGCUAUACUAAAGAAAUAUCUUUUGUCAAAAGUUAAAACUCUGACGGGCGGAGCUUCCACACUUCGAGGGUGUGUUAGUGGGUUUGAAAAACCCAUCAAUCAAAAAUUAAAGCUCGUCUCAAUUUAAUUACAUGGUGGUGUCUAACAAAGACAAAUAUCUUUGUUAUGUAUCAUUUUCCCUAAAUCUGAUAGUUAUGUAAAUAUAUCAGUUAAGGUCCAUAUAUUUAGGAUGCCUUUUUGUGACGUGAAGCUUAUUAUUGUAAGGCUGAUACAUAGAUUACUUAACCAAUUAUUUCUAUGAUACAAAUCAAUACAAAACAGUAAAAUCUAUUUUACUUCUCAUAUUUCAUAUCUAUAGAUAAAACUCGUGCCUUUAUGUCUCGUCGACAGCUUGCCCGCGUUCCACGCCCCUUCGUUUUAUUUAUUUAUUUAUUUAUCCGAAUACCUAGUCCCAUUUACACACAUUUUAUAACACAAUUUUAUUUCUAUUUUAUUGAUACAUUUUGCUAUAAUUGCCAGUCAUUGAAUAACUAUGUUGUAUAUAUAUGUUGUUUUUCACAUUUUACACAGAUUAUUUAAUUAAGUCGUCUCUCAUAUUUGAUUAUUGUUUAUUCCAAUGUCAUGUUAACAAAUUAUGUGCAAUAACAGUCACCCCCGUAUCUUUAUUCAGCUAUACCUAAUACUCUUAACUGGUAGUUGUGUUCAAUACAAGUUCUUAAGUGUGGAUUUCAUGCUACAAGAGUUUGGUGUGUUGAUUUUAUUGGCGAAAUGUAUAUCUUUCAACAGUUGAAAUAUUUUACGUUCGCUGAUUGAGUCGAUUUUGUGUCCAAGUGUCGACAGUUUGUGUAUGUCAAAAACUACUAAGCUUAAUAUGUUGAAAUUAAAUCGUGCAGGAAUAGAUUGCUCAAUCUCCAUAGAAAAACUCCUCAUCGGAUAAACCUAAUUCAACGCUUUAUUUAAACAAAAUUAAAGGAGCCAUGUUCGUGAUGUUUCCUUAACUGUCCUUGAAGGGGGGGGGGGGAUCCUUUACUAAAGAAAUACUUUCACAAGGUUAGUCUUAAAUGCUAAAGUUGUCCAACAACUCUUUUGCAACAGAAAAUGUCUUUUACCAUAAUACAUUCAACGGUUAUUUCUUAAAAGUGUAUUGAGUUAAUUAUUCUAAAACAAACACCCACACAUUUUGAAAUGGACACACUGCUCUAUUGAUUAUGUUAUUUUGAUUUCUAAGAAAUAAUGUUUUGUUUCAGAAAUUGAAAAGACCGAGAAAAAGGGGAUAGGUAUAAGACCCUUCUCCACUGAAAUGUUGUAUAACGCCAACUAAAAUAAUAUUUUAUUAUCAAUUUUGUAUUGUAAAUAAUUAUAAACAGUAUUUGGUGACGUAUUUGUUCAUCACAGUGAUGUUUUCAGUGCCUCUAUAAGUAUUACAGUAAACCCUUUUUUAUAUUAUGUUAGUAUAAAACCAAUGUCAGCAGUUGGUAUGAAGUUAAUAGUCGAUGUCUUCUUGUGCAUGUAUGUGCCAUUAUAAGCAUUACGAUGUUAUUUUAUUUUUCUGUAUGAAUUGUAUAAUUAUUAAAUUGUAAAAACAUCCAUGUGUUUGAAAUAAAAAUA